CAUGCUUCAUCGGGAGCGGCUGCGUUUCGAUCUCGGUAGUAUGUUCAGCGUGUGUCUUUGUGUAUUAUGCGUUGGUAACGAAUAUUUGUGACACCGAUCUUUGUCUCCGCGUUCGGCUCAUUGUUCCUUGCGGCCGUGUCCGAUCAGCAUCACGCAGCUCUCCUUCAUCGGGAUCCUGAAAUGAGCAACCGCAAAUAAAGGGGCUCGCGCCCUCCUGCUCGGAUCAUGGCAUGCGCCUCAUUAUGCACUUGCAUACGCGCGCCGCCGACGCUCGACAGCAGUAAACAUGGGGCUCAGGUCGAGAAAUGGCGCUAACGGCGCCCAGGACUCAUGCGAGCGGCGGAAAGACGCGGUGGCCGGUGAGCUCGAGACAUGCACGAGCCACGAGCGGGACGGCGCGCUGCUGCUCGCCACCUCGGCGCGGCAAGCGGAAUUUAAACGGGGCUCGCAGAACUUUGGCCUUUUGGCCAAAACGCCUAUAGGUUACACGCGGCCCGUGAAGAGGAACAACAUCCGGAAACGGCGCAUCCAGAAUCUCAUCUACGAUGCACUCGAGAGACCCCGGGGAUGGGCGCUGCUCUACCACGCGUUUGUGUUUUUGAUAGUUCUGGCGUGUCUUAUUUUGGCGAUUCUAACAACAUUUAAAGAAUACGAGGAUGACUCAGGUCACUGGCUCGUGGUUCUGGAAACAUUUACUAUUUUUAUUUUUGGGAGCGAGUUUGUGCUGAGGAUCUGGGCAGCAGGAUGCCGCUGUCGAUAUAAGGGUUGGAGAGGACGUCUCAAAUUCGCUCGCAAACCACUGUGUAUACUGGAUAUCUUUGUGCUGAUAGCAUCAGUGCCAGUAGUUGCUUUGGGUAACCAGGGAAAUGUUUUGGCCACAUCUCUUCGGAGUCUGCGCUUUCUGCAGAUUCUGCGUAUGCUGCGCAUGGACCGGCGAGGUGGCACCUGGAAACUCCUGGGGUCUGCAAUAUAUGCUCACAGCAAGGAACUGAUCACCGCAUGGUACAUUGGAUUCCUGUCUCUUAUACUCUCCUCCUUCCUGGUCUACCUGGUGGAGAAGGAUGUUGUCUUGAUGACACUACCCAGUGAUGAAGAUGCCACAGCAACGCCUGCCCAGGACUUCGAUACAUAUGCUGAUGCACUGUGGUGGGGAUUGAUAACUUUGACAACCAUUGGAUAUGGUGAUAAGACACCAAAGACAUGGCCAGGACGUCUUCUUGCCGGGACCUUCACUUUGAUUGGUGUUUCAUUUUUUGCUUUGCCAGCAGGUAUUUUGGGUUCUGGUUUGGCUCUUAAAGUGCAGGAGCAGCACAGGCAGAAACAUUUUGAGAAACGCAGACACCCUGCAGCUGGACUCAUACAAUCAGCCUGGCGAUACUAUGCUACUAAUCCAGUCAGAGAAGAUCUUACAGCAACAUGGAGAUUCUAUGAAACAGUGAUCUCUCUGCCAUGCUUCAGAAAAGAAAAUCUGGAAGCAAUUGCAAGUCAGAAGCUGACUCUGCUGGAUCGUGUUCGGCUGCCCACGCCAAGGCCAUCUUCAGUGAGAGGUUGGCUUAUGAUGCCUUCUGGGAAUCCUGGGAGUGGAGCAGGGAAUGGUGGACCAACAGAGGCGGCUGAAGAGAGCCCGUCUAAAGAGGCAAAACCUGCUGGCUUCAGCAACAGAGAGAGAUUCAGGACUGCAUUCAGAAUGAAAGCCUACUCUCUGAGACAAAGUUCAGAGGAUGCGGCCGGGUUGCCAGACCCCACCCCUGAAGAAAAGGGCUUCCCGCCUGACAUCCUGAUGGAGGAGAUGAUUCCUACUCUUAAAUUAGUCAUCAGAGCACUCCGGAUUCUGAUAUUCCUGUUGAAUAAAAAGCGUUUUAAGGAGACCCUGAGGCCAUAUGAUGUAAAAGAUGUGAUAGAGCAGUACUCUGCAGGACACUUGGACAUGCUAUGCAGGAUCAAAUACCUCCAGUCAAGAGUAGAUUUGAUCUUUUCUCCCGGUCCACCUCUCACUCCAAAACAUAAAAAGCCCCAAAAAACACCUUUCCCCUAUCCAUCUCAACAGUCUCCCAGACAUGAGGCUUAUCUGACUAAAGCUGUCCUGCCAGAUACUGAAGACCAAAGUUUGAUGGGCAGAUUUGUGCGUGUAGAACGACAGGUGACAGACAUGGAGAAGAAACUUGACUUCUUGGUGGACAUGCACAUGCAGUACGACCUUACACCCCCUGCCCCCAUUACCAUGGAGCGCAGUGAUGUCACUGUCAGUAUCAGUGGAGAUCGAGUGUACUGCACCUAUGCCCCGCCUGUUCCCUACAGUCAGUACUACAUACACUCGCACACACUGUCACAAACAAACCCACCCCGCCCCACUGUCCUUCCCAUCAGCCCACUGCCAAGUCACUCACCUAACUCCCACUUUGAACUAUCUGAACGGCUGUAUUUGGACCAGAGGGCAGGCACACCACUGUCACUGCUGUCUGUCACACAUGAGGAGUUAGAGCGAUCACCCAGUGGCUUCAGCAUCUCUGCCGAGAGAGAGGAGAUCACAGGCAAUGGAUCAGGAGUCAUGGCAAGACUAAGUUGGGGUCAUGAGUGCCAAUAUUUAGCAGAGGGUGAGACAGAUACAGACACGGAACCUUUUACUCCAAGUGGACAGGCUCCACUGUCCUCUACUGGAGAUGUGUUCUCGACAGAGGAUUUGUGGAUCACCCCACCUUGAUCUCUCUCUCUUUCUUACACACAUACUCACACACAAAUUCAUAUGUAACCACAUAUACACAAAUGCAAAUGUAACAGUAUAUAGACUGUUUUUUUAAUUGCAGACUCUGUACAGCACACACGCAACACAAUAUCGUUAUUAAUGGAAUAUAUACAAAUAUAUAUCAACAUGCUUUACCGCUGCAAAGCUAGGAGCACUGCAUGGAAUGCAUGCGUUUUAUUGUUUGUCUUUAGUGGUAGACAUUGCACAAGUGCAGACCAAGAAGGACAUACAUUAAAUUGAAAAUUCUGGAAAAAAGAAAAGAAUGAAUGAAAGAAAGAAAGAAAAUCAAAUGCUAUGCCAUUUUUGUACACUUAUUUUUAUAUUUACAAUCAUCUGUUUUUCAUCAUAUGCAUGGACUGCAUGGCACUCACCUUUAGAGCAGUUAAUGGUCAUUAUAUUUUCCUAUUGUUUUGCACUAAUUUUAUGUUUCUUUUGAAAUGCAGAUUAUUUGUUAUAAAUUAAUUGGCUGUUGAAGGAAAUGUGUGUAACUAUGUCACAUCAUCAUCAUCAUCAUUACCAAGUGCACUUCCUUGGAUGUCUCGAGUACUUGUAUUGUGAAUUGGGGUGACUAGACCAGAGUCUCUCCAAUGCUGCUUUUUUCACAUUACUUUUGUCCAGCCACUCACUUUGGAAUCUGUACUGUGGUCAAAUGACUUUCAUAGCUUUCAUAACUGCCAGCUCAGAGAAUGUUAGUUCUGAAAUCCACAGUUAGCAUACUUAACCUUCAAGAAUAAUUUCAGGUUAUGGACACUGAGUGUGGUCACUUUUAGCCACUCUAUUCAUUUCUGGCUUAUAUUAUUAUAUGAUGAUACUUUGCCAGCUCUAGUGGGUGCCAAUCAGGGGCUGUCUGACCACCUCAAGUGGCUCCUUUCAUUCGUUUGUGGCAUGAAGAAGUCUUCCUGUAGAAACUACUUCAAAUGAUUUGUAAAAAGACAUUUUUAUGUACAAGUGCAUAAUACUCAGCUUCCCAACUCAAAAAGAUAGUCCUUUCAGUACCAUUAGCUCAUUAUUAAAAACUUAGCAUGUCACAUCGACUUUUUUGGACUUUAAUAAUAUGUAAUGGGAUGCAAAUAAGAAUAAGUUAUUGUAACCCCAUGUGAUUUUUAUGAGGUUUUCAUAUGAAUGUUUUUGACCCAUGGCUUAUUAUUAUUAUUAUUAUUAUUAUUAUUAUUAUUAUCCAACCAAAUUAUCUAAAUCAGGUUAACAACAAACUCCAGCCAUCUAAACAUCAGGUGUUUUUUCUCUUUGUCCAAAAAAAUGUAACCCUUGCUGCAAAUCUUAAAAAAAAAAUGUCAACAUGCUUUUUAUUUAUGUAAUAAAACUAUAUCAUCAUUCUGACAUAAUCAUGAAACCUAUGUGACCAAAUAUCAGUUUGGCGUUCAGAUCUUUAACAGGGCUGAAUACACCAAGCCAGGACAGUCUAACUUGGGCGUGAAGAGCCAUGUUUUAUAUAUUUCAACUUUGAUUGUUGAACUUUGUUGUAGUCUGCAUAGAAAGAUUUUUGGACUGCUGAGUCAUUAAUGCCCAACACUGAAAAUGUGCACUAAAAUACACACACAAAAAACUGGAAUGAUUCUGUUUUUGCUAUUCGCAGAAUUAAAUUAAACAACUGUGUCAAGUAUGAAAAGGAAAUCAAAAAUGACUCCUGAAUCUAUAUAGUUAUUUAUGUUUCUGUUAUGUACACAUAAGCUCACACUUUUUCAUGCAUGUUUGCUUGUGUAUGUGUAUGUUUGCUUGAAUGGAUUUUGAUAACUCAGACAUUGACCAUUGACUUAUGUACUGUAAACUCACAAACAGCCUGCCAUCACUGACUAAUGACUGCUAUUCAUUAUUUGUGCCUUGCCAUUUUGGAGUACAGGUUCCUUAUAGCCACAUAUUUUGUUUUUGGAUAAACCAGCCAAUCACCAAAAUGCUCUACAAAUUGUACUUUUUGUUUUACUAGGCCCCAGCCAAUUGCAAUUUGUUCUUUUUCUUUUUAACUUGCAAAUUAGAUGAGUUCACACUAGUGGCCUUCUGAGCUAUUCAUUCCAGGUUUUUAAAUAAUAAACUUUUUAUUUAUACCCUGGUCUUGACCAGUUUAAUAGAUUGACCUACAGAAACAAUGUGCAGAUGUCUUUAUUAAUUUUUUUAUGUUACA